ACAUUCAUUUAUUAUUUCCUUGUAAUAAUUCAUACACAUAAUUGGCAAAACAAAUUCAGUUUAUCAGGCAAGCCAAUUUACUACAAGGCUGGUUUUUAUGGGAUUUUGAGGCAAAACUACACACUGCUCCUGUUUAAUUUUCUGCUGUCAAGAAUAACUUUGAAUUCAAAAAUGGAAUGUACAGUGAUGCAAGAAGAAGAAGAAGAAGAAGAAGAAGAAGAAAACGAAGAGACUUUUCAUUCUCCACUGCAAGAGAUAAUUACGAAGACGAAGAAACACGAAGAAACGAAUGGCGACGAAGAGACGAUCAAGCUCUCUCUCAUGAGAACCAUUGUUGAAAACAAAUUAGAUCCACCCCCAUCUUCCAAGGAUAACAUAGAUGACCUGGCACUAAGAAGGUUUCUUCGCGCACGAGAUCUUGAUGUAGAGAAAGCAUCCUCGAUGUUCGUGAGGUACUUAGAGUGGAGGCGUUCGUUUGUUCCAAAGGGUUCGGUUUCAGAAUCGGAGAUUACAAAUGAAAUUGCACAGAAUAAAAUGUUCGUGCAAGGCAGCGACAAGCAAGGCCGCCCCAUUGCAGUUGUUUUCGGUUCUCGACAUUUUGCGUGCAAAGGAGGAUGCGUCGACGAAUUCAGGCGUUUCUUGGUGUUUGCACUGGAUAAACUAUGUCACAGGAUGCCUGAAGGACAAGAGAAAUUCACAAUAAUUGGUGAUCUUAAAGGAUAUGGCUAUUGCAACAGUGAUCUACGUGGAAACCUUGCAGCUAUUACCAUUCAACAGGAAUACUACCCAGAAAGACUUGGAAAAUUGUUUGUGAUCAACGCACCGUAUAUAUUCAUGACCAUGUGGAAGAUCGUUUGCCCGUUUAUCGACAAAAACACAAGGAAGAAGAUCGUAUUUGUGGAGAACAAAAGACUGCGCGAAACUCUUCUCGAGGACAUAGACGAAAGCCAGCUUCCAGAUAUCUACGGAGGUAAACUCCAGCUUGUUCCCGUACAAAAUGGCUGAAGAUGAAAACGAAAAUAUCAAAUAUAAAUAUUAAUCGAGCAUAUAAUAUGUAAUGCAUUAUGUAUGUGUGCACAUUUCGAAUUCUUACGUACAAGUUUGAGGAGGAAAAAAGAUACCUGUACUCAUUUACGGUGGAGGGCUAUGUAAAUUCGACUUCGUUUCGUACCGUAAAAACUGAAUCUUUAUUACCAAUAUUUAGUUAUUUACCAAUAGUCUCCACAA